CUAACACCUAGUAUAUGAUAAACACAAACAGGAUUUUUUUAUUAUCAUAGCAGAGUGGUUGAGAUGAAGAGACGGAGAUCAUUUGGAUCAAGAACCAGAUUGCUCACUCGAAGAAAACACUACCCAACUCUAACAUUAUGCUGUUUAACCAUCCUAACCCUUUUCUUGAUUCUUUUCCUCUGGUUUCUUUCACCCAAACACCCCUAUCCAUCUUUCAAACCUUCAAUUCUUGAGAGAACUAACAGCGAAAAGAAGUUACUAGAAAGCCUUAAUGUCACUGAAGAAAUGUUGAGCCCUUAUUCUCUAGCAAGGCAAAUGAAUGAUCAGAUUUCUAUUGCUAAAGGUUUGAUUGAAAUUGCAAAUGAAAGAAGUGAUGUUCGGUUUGCAAUGGAUCUGACUUCUCAGAUUAGCCAUUUGCAAGUCAUCCUCUCUGAUGCAGCCAUAAGGGACCAUGAUGGUUCUCAAUCAACAUUGGCAGAGUCGAAAGCUGCAAUUCAGAAUAUGGCAUUUUUGCUGAAUGAAGCACAGCAACUCGAAUAUGAUGCCGCGACUACAAUUGUAAAACUGAAAGACAAGAUUGAUAAUCUGGAACUGGAAACCAGAUCAAUUAAUGAGAAGAGUUCUAAGUAUGGACAGAUUGCCGCUGAGGCGAUCCAAGGAAUUUUUACUGUCUCGGUGUUAGACUGACCCUUGAAUGGUUCAAGAAUCCAAAAUUCAGGAAGGAGCAAUCCAUUGUGGAGUCUAAGGUGGCCAGAAAACUAGUGGAUAACAAUCUCUUUCACUUCUGUAUUUUCUCUGACAACAUUCUUGCAACCUCGGUUGUGAUCAAUUCAACAGCUUUGAGUUCAGAGAAUCCUAAUCUCUUAGUCUUCCA